AUGGACUUGUCUACAGAAAACAUAGAAAAUUACUCAUAUCAGGAGGAAAGCGAUCAACAAUAUAGAGAAAAUUCCAAUGCUGGCCAUAGAGAUUCCUUAUACUUUGUACCUUCGUCGAAGCAUACUAUUUCUGCUGAUCCAAGACUAUCUGCCUCUUCAAGCUAUAAUCUUGGUAGUACUUGUUAUCGUUGUUCUAAGUCAAGGUGUAUUUGUCCAGGGAAUUUGGAUGAUUAUCGUAAAAAUAAGGAGGAAAGGCUCAGAGAUAUCACUAAGCAAGCUCAAAAUGUCUCAAAAAUAUUUGAACAACAGCAAAAAUUCAUGAUAGAGCCAUACCAAAAUGUGAAAACCAGAGAAAAUCAGAAGGAACAUGUUCAUUAUCAGCCUGUGAAAGUUCUUCAGAAAUUCCAGCAGGAGACUCAGAGCGAAGAGUUUGAAGAGAGUCAAUCAAGUAUUGAGGAGUCUACAUUCCGCAUCUCUGAUAGCUACCGAGACCAAUCGGAGAGUUUAAAUGAUGCCUUUGAGAGUGUCAAGAAGACCAAGAAGUCAAAAAGCUGCUCAAGAAAUUACAGCACAAAUGUUAGAGUAACAACUAACCAGAGUACUCACAGUAGUGCAUCCAGAGAGUCUGAGAGCAGAUUGAGGCAAAGAGUACUGAGGAGCACAAAUAGGAGCUCUUCAUAUAACAGUCUAUCAAGGUACAAAGUAGGAAGCAAUUAUGAAAAAUAUAAUACUAAUCAUUCAUUCAAUUAUGUAUCUAAAUAUCCUCUCAAUAAGAUACUUCUCACGAAUCCUCCAGCAACUCAAGACCAACCUCAUGGGUCAAAAACGAUUUCCACAACCGUAAAUCAAGUCAGAAAUCCCUAUAAGCCACUCCUAAACCUAAAAAUCCCCGAUUUUGAAAACCAAUCAAAAUUGGCCUAUUUUCCAAAAUAUCCUGCUCAAAAACCCACUAUCCAGCCUUGCUGAUGAGACAAAAUUCAGAAAACUCUAGAUUCUUUGCCCACUGAGAUCUUGACUUCGGUCAAGACUCUGCUGCAAAAUAUUGAUCUAAGUCAAAAAUCUGGAGGUGAUUCUAGCUAUCAGUCCAAAAGAACUGCUCCUACUACUCAGGGCACUGGUAAGAGGUCAAGUGUCAUGGGCAGUAGGUCUAGUUGUCCAAAUUUGGCUGAGUCUAGAUACAAAUCCAGCUACUUUUCUUCGUAUAUUCCUGCAUCUAAGCAGGCUGAAGCUGUCCAGAAUAGGUCAAGUGCUGGAAAUUUUUCAGAGAAUUACUAUAAGUCCUCUUCUUGAGUUAUUAAGAAAGAGAAUGCUAACCCUAAUUUUCAUAACGAUGUCAGUGAAAGCAGUAUCGAGCUCGAGACUCGAAAUUUUAAAAUUUCUGAUGUGAAAAGACCAAGGAAGACAACUGUGGUUCGUGAAGAAAUUAAACAGCUUGUAGCUCCAAAGACCCACAAGAUGAGUUAUGAUAGCUCCUUAGCUAGAGAAAACCAAUCUGAUGUAUCAUCAAUGCUUGAUCCAGAGGAGACAGUUGCAAAGAAGUUGGAAUGGGGCCUUGAAGUAAUGCUUCUUAGCUAUAAACAACUUGAAAAAAUGCUCAAUAUGGGAACGAAGGAGUGCUCAGGUGUGAGUAAAAGCUACUCUCUUGCCCUAAACAUGGAUUUUAGAACAGAUUAUAGAAUUUUCUCUGAUUUUGGAUAUAAAAAGUUACCUAACAUCAAAACAAUUGAGCUACGUUCAGUGAAUAGACUAGGGGAUAGACUAAACAGAUUCUUUGAAUUCAAUGCUCCUGAUAUAUGUAAAAACCUCUGCAUCAAUCCAUUGGCUGACAGUACCAACAAGUUGGCAUUUUCUACAAUAAAAGGAGCAGUGCUAGGCUAUUUUACCAAAAAUUUGCCUAAAAUCACUAACAGAGCUUUUUCGAGAGUGCUCUUUGACAACUUUUACUUUGAUUAUGGAGAAUUUAGCGAGCUUCUUAACUCUGUAGCAACUCUUAAGAAAGAUGGAGAAAUAAAAACAGAGUACUUAUUGUGCAGAAAUUGUGAAAUCAAGCCUGUUUCAUCUGGCAGCAGUAAAUACCUUGGGCUAUCCCAUAAAUGCAACUUGAAAAGACUAAACUUAGAAGGCAGCACUGGAAGCUUUGAGAUGACGCAAGCAAUUCAGGCAGAAAUCAACUCCAUUUGUCCAAAAAUUAAUGUAAUUCUCUAACUCUCCGUCGAGCUUUGACUUAAACCAAAAUCCGCUUAUUUUCCCUAAAACUCUAAAUUCCCUUAAAAUC